AUGUUCCAGACCUUGUACAGCUAUUUUUGGUGGGAACGGCUCUGGCUGCCGGAGAAUGUCACCUGGGCCGACCUGGAGGACCGGGAUGGGCGGGUCUAUGCCAAAGCCUCUGAUCUCUACAUCACCCUCCCCUUGGCCUUCCUCUUCCUCGUCGUCCGGCACCUCUUUGAGACGUAUGUGGCCACCCCACUGGCCGGGCUACUGAACGUCAAGGAGAAGAUCAGGUUAAAAGCCACCCCCAAUGCCGUGCUGGAGAAGUUUUAUGCUGCCACCACCAAACACCCCAAGCAGGCCGACGUGGAGAUGCUCUCAAAGAAGAGCGGCUGCACGGUGCGGCAGGGGGGGGGGCGGCUUUGCCCCAAACCCUGGUUCUACGACCUCCGGGAGGUGUGGAAGGGAUACCCCAUCCAGAGCAUGCUGCCCUCCCAGUACUGGUACUACAUGAUCGAGCUCUCCUUCUAUUGGUCCCUGCUCUUCAGCAUCGCCUCCGACGUCAAGCGCAAGGACUUCAAGGAGCAAAUCAUCCACCACGUCGCCACCAUCAUCCUCAUCAGCUUCUCCUGGUUCGCCAACUACAUCCGUGCAGGGACGCUCAUCAUGGCCCUGCACGACUCGUCGGACUAUCUGCUGGAGUCUGCCAAGAUGUUCAACUACGCCGGCUGGAGAAACACCUGCAACAACAUCUUCAUCGUCUUCGCCGCCGUCUUCAUCAUCACCCGCCUGGUCAUCCUGCCCUUUUGGAUCAUGCACUGCACGGUGGUUUAUCCGCUGGAUCUCUACCCUGCCUUCUUCGGCUACUACUUCUUCAACUUCAUGAUGGUGGUGCUGCAGUCGCUGCACAUCUUCUGGGCCUACCUCAUCAUCCGCAUGGCCCAGAAGUUCAUAACUGGAAAGGUGGUGGAGGACGAGAGGAGCGACCGUGAAGAGACGGACAACUCGGAGGAGGAGGAGGAGGCGGCGAAGAACGGGCCCCUCUCCAAUGGCCACCCCGUCCUCAACAACAACCAUCGCAAAACCGACUGA